GCGCAUGUCUACUGUAGCUCAAGUUAUCGAACGGGCGGGACCGCGCAUGCUCCCUCGCUCGGACCCCGGGCACAGCUAGCCUUUGUUUGAGCCGCCAGCCUGUUGAUAUUGCGCAGUUAUUCCGCUCAACAGGUUGUGUACGGAGUACAGAGAAAAUUGUUAUUAUGGAUAGUGAAAAAGUGGUAGAGCAAGCCCAAGGCGACGGAUCUCAGGGCGAGGGAUCUCAGGGAUCUGAAGUUAAGGAAAAAGGACCUCCCGGGUCUGAAGAAUUCCAGAUGAAGGAGGAAUCUGUUGGGGAAUCCCAAGGAGAUGCUAAAGCCGAGGAAUCAUCAGGCGAAGGAAACCAGGUAGAGAAAUCUUCGGUUCAGGAAUCCCAGGGUGACGGGCCCCAAGUAGGAGCUUUUCAAGAUGGAACCAAGGUAGAAGAGUCUCGAGCUGAGCGAUUCCGAUUCGAGGGUCCAGAGGCGGAAAAUUACUUCAUGCCUACGUCACCGCAAAUUAAGUUUAUAGAGAAAGAAAUUUCUCGUAUUGAGACAACAAUUAUACAUUUAGAGGCCGAGAAAAUUCAUCUCGAGAAUUUGAAGCUAAAUGUCAAAUACGAAGAGUGCAUCGACUGCUCAAAUUGUCCUUCUCCUCAACAUGUAGACGAGGAAAAUCACGUAUGCGACUGCUUCCUGCCAGCCGGCGAAUCGUCAACGUAUUAUGAAAGUUAUAAAGAGUAUAUUACCGCCGUCCGACGAGUUGUUCGCGAAGAUGGACACACUUAUGUCCAGAAGCAACAGGUAGAGCAACUGCAAGUUGUACAACAACAAUCUUCUUUUGCUCAACAAGCUUCUUUUCAACAAGAAGCGCCUGAUACUCAGAAAGAAGCUUCUGAUAUUCAACGAGAAAUGACUGAUAAUCAGCAAGAAGUGUCUGAUACACAAGAAAUAGUCUCUUCUCAAGAGGCCUCUGAUACUCAACACGAAUCUGAUAUACAAGAAGUAGUCUCAUCUCCAGAGGCCUCUGAUACUCAACACGGAUCUGAUAUACAAGAAGUAGUCUCAUCUGAAGAGGCAUCUGAUACUCAACACGGAUCUGAUAUACAAGAAGUACUCUCUUCUCAAGAGUUCUCUGAUACACAACACGGACCGUCUGAUACGCGAAAUGAAGCCUCUGAUAUUCAGCAAGACUCAAAUACUCAAGAUGCCGUUACUUCUGGUGAAAGAGCCCGAGAGACCUCUCCUACUGUCGAAAUAAGAGAGCAUUUCCUAGAUUCUGAUGAUUCUACCGACUCUGAUGAAGAACAUCCCCCUGUUUUGAUAUACAAUCAAGCCGUUCAAACACCAACGAUAAACGGACUGAUAACUAGGAGAGCUGGCGACAAUUGCAUUGUUGUCAGUCUUGUUGACAACAAUCCGGUUUUCAGGAUCAUGGAAUAAAUAUUCGUAAUUAUUUAUGAUUGAUUAUAUCUAUUAAUAAUAAUAACUGUUAACGUACAUUCAGUGGCGUACAUAAAGUAGGUACGUUGGUUACGCCUACAGCACCAAAUCCCCGCACUAGAUUUCGUAGUACGUGACGAAUAAAUGUAAUUUAUGUUUGGAAUUACGAGUAGUUUGUUGAUUUGUAAUUGGUGUAUGCUUUUUCCUUGUUCCUCAUUACGCCACUGCAAUUGCGCAUUAAACAUCUAAUAUACUAUUCUGUAUUCAAUGUAUAUCAAGGACUCUGAAUAAAGUCUAAAUAUAUAUUA